CGACGAUUUGGCCCUAUGAAAAAAACACUUUGGUUAAAACCCUUCAAGAAGUUCUAUCUCGCGCGGCUGGUCACGCGGUUGAAGCUGCUUAAAAAGGUGUCGGCGAAAAGGUGCACCGUGAUGUCCAAGUCCAAGCUGAAUAAAACAACCAUCUCGCAAGCUGAGCAGAGAGCCGAGUAUCGAACCUUCAAAACAGUGUUUUUCUACUGCAUACUCAUUAUCGUGCUACCAGUGACUACGUUCUUUUGUUCAAAAUACUGGAUCUUUGAUGGAUUUUUUCAACUAACGCACAUCGCCAGUAAUAUCUACUCGGCUAUCAGUGCGGUCAUUGCACUGCACGCUGCUCUGUUCCUGUUCAUAUACAAAGCGUACUUUACUGUUAGCAUAGACGGUUCGACCAGCGUCAGUAAGGCCGACAAAGUAAUCCAGAAAGAAGACUAAGCUUAACUUUUGCAGAGUGCUUUCCCGUCCCUUUUUUGAGAGUAGAGCACAACGGGGUGUAGCAUGCGAUCAUGAAUAAAGUUAACUUGAAAGUGGGACAGAAGUUGAUAGUAGAACUUGA